AUGAAAGGAACGGUGCAGUUUGGGGCAUGGUUGAGGGCUCCAGUGGGUAAAGGGUUGAAGAGUACAACAGGCCAAAAGGUCGAUGAUGAUAAAUUACCGGUGGUAAAGAACUGCGGCAUUUCUCUGGAGGGUGGACUAGAAUCACUGGAGCAGUCUCACAAAAUUAGGAAAGCGGUGAAUGAGCCGAGUAACUUGGGAGUGAAUGACUCAAUAUUCGGAGUGGAAGAAAUUCCUAUUAUAGAGAGCAUAAGUGGGAGGCAGAAUAUAGAAAGUGGAAUGGCAGGGGAACUAAUGGGGCCUUCAAUUAACUAG